AUGUCUAGCCUAAGAAGCCAGCUGCAGCAGUCAAACGUGAUAGCGCAAUUCCCCCUAGCCAAGUACUCGUAUGCUGAGUCUCUGGCCGACCAGCAUGGGCCGGUCAACUGGACGCACUUGCAUUCAAGCGACCUGAACGUUCUUUUUGAGAAAGACACUUCAUCUGCGUCAGGAAUCAGCUCUAUCCAGCAAAAAUUGCGUCUUCGAGUAAUUCGCGCGCACGAGAACCUGGAAGACCUUGAUCUGAAUUCAUUGGCCCGCGAAGCCACUCAGCAGGCCAUUUCGAAACAUGCGAGGAACACCAAACCAUCAGUUGCUAUUAUUAUCAAGGAUCCCUGUUUGGCCGUCCGGUAUCCUUUCGGCAGAGAACAGCUGCGUCGUUUUCAACUCAAGUUCUCCUCCAGUCGCGACUAUCGUGAAGUUUUGGAAAUAUUGAGGGAGAUCAACUGCCCCUUCAGCGAGUCCUCCGGCGAGCAUCCUUCGCGCUCAGCCAGUUUGAGACCAGACUCUUCCUCUUCAAGAAUACUAACUCCGGCUGCAACAAUGAUCAGCACUAGUAAUGACUGGAGCCAACGUUUUGCGGCACCGACGGACAGUCACUCGUGGAAUCAGGGGUUAUCAAGAAGCCAUACAACGCUUGGAACAACGACGGACAGACAGCCUGUCAAUGCCUCCUCUCCCAGUUCAAUUUCAUCGCGUCUAUAUGCAAAUGGCCGCGGCCCAGACGACUCUCACAAGGACCUCCCGAGGGAACGCACAAUUACACCAAGCGCAGAGUACGCAAGCAAUGAACAAGAACGGCCGAUCACCUCACCAGCGUACGACACUCAAGUUCUCAAUCAAGUACUGCCACCGAAGAGAGACCUCCCGUUUUCCAAACCUGGGCCACGACCAAGCCCCUUGUUCAAUCGACAACCGGCAAACCGGUUUACAAAGUGGCCAGAACCAGCUCCAAAGCCUCCCAAAAACCCCAAUGAUGGCUCCGGCGUGAAUUGUGCAUCGCCACGACCACAUACAGCCCAGUCAAAAGUAACGGUCCCGGCAACGAGCUCCCCCGCCCGCCAGCUUCGUCUAGAACUGGAGGAUAGGCAAUGGAAUCCAAAUAAAGAAAAGCAGAAUCCGUCCUUGGAAGCAGCAUCCGCCUCUUCUCCACUUCUCACCACUUCCAUAUUUCCAGCAUCUAGUCCUAUUAAUGGCAGAACACAACAGAAUGGAACGACGACAGGAUCCUUACCUGUUGCGACUUCAUCUGCUCUCGACAACCCACCUACAUCCCAUCACCAACCACCAGUGGAGAUGCAAAAUGUCAGAGCAGCAUCGCAAGGAAUACCCAUAUCCUCAGCAGACCUGUCCACAUUCCUGGCGACACCCGAAUCAGAGCGCUCCCAGCUCGUCAGCAACUGGGUAUGCCAACAACUCGAAGACGACGGGUUCCGAGCUCUGUGUCAAGACGUCGAGCGCGUGUGGCAGCGAAUUGCCUUUGGAACAUGA